CGCUUUGAGCGUCUUCGUCGCGCACUAAUGACACCAGACUCUCUGCGCGCACAGAUGACGUAAGCGCCUCUGGUCUUCUGAAAACAUUCGAGGUUUUACUGGAACAAGAAACAGCCAUGAACUGGAACAAAGGCGGUCCAGGGGUGAAGCGGGGGUUCGGAUUUGGGGGAUUUUCGCUGGCGGGGAAAAAAGAAGAACCUGGUGUUCCAAAGAUCUCGAACACAUCAGUUGGAGCCCCGGGAUCUAGUGGAUAUGGGAAGGGCCAGCAGCUGCCAUCGUUUUACAAAAUAGGGACAAAAAGAGCCAAUUUUGAUGAGGAGAAUGCGUAUUUUGAGGAUGAUGAAGAGGAGUCCAGCAGCAAUGUGGAUUUGCCGUACAUUCCAGCUGAGAACUCGCCUACGCGGCAGCAGAUGCAGGCCGCUGGUGGGUCAGACAGUGAAGAUGACCCACUGGACGCCUUCAUGGCCGAGGUUGAGAGCCAAGCCGCUAAAGACAUGAGGAAACUAGAGGAAAAAGAAAAAGAGAAAAAGACUGCAAAGGGUAUUCGUGAUGACAUUGAAGAAGAAGAUGAACAAGAAGCCUACUUCCGCUACAUGGCAGAGAAUCCCACUGCCGGGCUGAGCCUCGAGGAGGAGGAUGAGAACAUUGACUAUGACAGCGACGGGAACCCGAUCGCUCCCGCCGCGAAGAAAAUCAUUUUGCCGCUUCCCCCCAUCGACCACUCUGAGAUUGAUUACCCACCCUUUGAGAAAAACUUCUACAAUGAGCAUGAAGAGCUCAGCAACCUGACAGAAACUCAAGUGUUGGAGUUAAGGCACAAAUUAAACUUACGGGUAUCUGGUGCAGUCCCUCCAAAACCUUGUACUAGCUUUGCUCACUUCAACUUCGAUGAGCAGUUAAUGCACCAAAUCCGCAAGUCCGAGUACACUCAGCCCACACCGAUUCAGUGCCAGGGUCUUCCCAUAGCUCUGUCUGGACGUGACAUGAUUGGCAUUGCCAAAACUGGCAGUGGCAAAACGGCAGCCUUUAUCUGGCCCAUGCUGGUUCACAUCAUGGACCAGAAGGAGCUGCAGGAAGGGGAGGGGCCAAUCGCUGUGGUUGUGUGUCCCACCAGAGAGCUUUGUCAGCAGAUCCAUGCAGAAUGUAAACGUUUUGGGAAAGCCUACUCUCUGCGUUCGGUGGCCGUUUAUGGAGGAGGCAGCAUGUGGGAGCAGGCCAAAGCUCUGCAGGAGGGAGCAGAGAUUGUGGUUUGCACUCCGGGUCGCCUGAUUGACCACGUGAAGAAGAAGGCCACGUCCCUGCAGAGGGUGUCGUACCUGGUGUUUGAUGAGGCAGAUCGCAUGUUCGAUAUGGGUUUUGAAUAUCAGGUUCGAUCCAUCGCUAGCCACGUCCGCCCAGACAGGCAGACCCUUCUGUUCAGCGCUACUUUUCGAAAGAAGAUCGAGAGGCUUGCCAGAGACAUCUUGAUCGAUCCAAUCCGUGUGGUGCAGGGAGACGUCGGAGAGGCCAAUGAGGACGUCACCCAGAUGGUGGAGAUGCUUCACAGCGCAACUCAGAAAUGGGACUGGCUGACCCGGCGGCUGGUGGAGUUCACCUCCACCGGCUCGGUCCUCAUCUUCGUCACUAAGAAGGCAAACUGUGAGGAGCUGGCUACUAACCUGACCCAGGAGGGCUACAGCCUGGGCCUCCUGCACGGAGACAUGGACCAGAGUGAGAGGAACAAGGUCAUCAGUGACUUCAAGAAAAAGAAUUUGCCCGUUUUGGUGGCCACAGAUGUAGCUGCUCGUGGUUUGGACAUCCCAUCCAUCCGCACGGUGGUAAACUACGACGUGGCACGAGACAUCGACACGCACACGCACAGGAUUGGUCGUACGGGUCGUGCGGGAGAAAAGGGCGUGGCUUACACUCUCCUCACCAACAAAGACACAACAUUUGCCGGCGACCUCGUGAGGAACUUAGAGGGAGCAAAUCAGGCCGUUUCCAAAGAACUGAUGGAUAUAGCAAUGCAGAAUCCGUGGUUCAGGAAAUCCAGAUUCAAGGGUGGUAAAGGAAAGAAGAUGAAUAUUGGUGGAGGAGGUCUUUGUUACAGAGAGAGGCCCGGCCUCGGAGCAGAAAGUUCUGAGCGCAGCGGCAAUUAUUUGUCUUCCGCCAGCAGCUUUGAAGGCUUCGGCAAACAGACCUCCGGGGCGAUGGGAGACCGCAUGUCUGCUAUGAAGCAAGCCUUCCAGGCUCAGUAUAAGAGCCACUUUGUGGCCGCGUCCAGCGGCCCUCCGAAGCUCACCACCAAGUCCAACAGCUCGUCGUGUUGGACCAGCGCCGGCAGCCUGAGCUCUGUGCCCACCGAGUCCGCCAACGGGUCAGAGUGGGCUCAGGGCGCCACCAUGUCCAUGUCCAUGUCUGGCUUUACCAGCGCCGGCUCCCUGAGCUCUGUGCCCACCAGUCAAACUAGUCCUCAGCAGCACAGCUUCCCUCCGCCUGCACCUCCCCCACAGAGAGACAUCCCUCGGGACAGACACGGGGAAGACCGGGGACGCCACGACAGUUACCGCGACAGGAGCGAGCGACAAAGUGGGGAGGAGCGCUACGGAGACCGGGAUCGCCACGGAGACCGCGACCGGGAGCGCCACGGGGACCGGGACCGCCACAGCAGCAGCCGGCACGGCGAUGGCCGCAAUGGGGACGGAAGCAGGAGGGACAGGGAGGAUCGCAGGGGCGAGAGGGACGGUGGAGACCGAGGGAGCGGCGAGGGGAGGGACAGGGAGGAUCGUAAGAGCGAGAGGGACGCGGGAGACCGAGGGAGCGGCGAGGGGAGGGACAGGGAGGAACGGAGGAGCGAGAGGGACGCGGGAGACCGAGGGAGCGGUGAGGGGAGGGACCGAGGAGAUGAUAGCUUCGCUGUCCCCGAACCACCAAAGCGUAGAAAGAGUAGGUGGGACAACUAAAAAAUAAAAAAGACCUGUAUAAACACACAAAUAGAAUACGACGUGCAACUGACGGCUCCACGGGGAGCGUGUUUGCUGUGUAGGCAGAUGGAAGACCAUAUCAGAGGAGGGCACCGGACCAUAGGGGGGGGGGGGGGUGUUUAUCUUGAGGACUUUAAAUAAAAGUGUACUGUGAGGUUGGUUAGGACCUCGCGAUCAUGUUCCAAACUCAAAAGAGUGUGUCAGACAGAUGAACUCAAGCAGCUCAGAGACAGUCACUGUACAUGUAUUAUAAAGACUGUUGUGGGGCAGUAGAAUCCGGCUGUAAUGAAUCCUGCUCUCUGUAAACAAUUCAAAACUAGGAUUAUUUUGUCUUGUUUCAUGUCGCUGAGCUCCUCACAUGCGUAUGUGGUUGUAAACAAGAGGAAUUUUUUUUCUUUUGGCCCAAUUCUUUGCAAAGAGUGUUUGUGUUCUUCAUUUUGUCAAUGUACAAAGAUAACUCUUAAAACAUUGCUCUGUGAUGAUUCAGUCACACACACACAUGUUAAAACAAUGUAGCUAUUUUUACGUCUGUAUUCAAGUGCUUGUGAAGUGUGUUUCUUUGGCAUUUAGUGUGUCUAUGCUUUUGAGAUGUUUUCCAAGGAAUACAUUUGUUUGUAUGAGAGGGAUUUGACGUGUUUGUUCACACAUGGAAAAUUAGGUUUUGAUUAAAAAGAUUCCUUUGGCAUCUA